GGCGUGGGACCAGUCCCAGCUGUCCAACUGGGUCUUCUGUCUUCCUAUCACCACCUCAGAACAGCAGGAUGGCUGCAAACAAGAGCAAGGGCCAGAGUUCCUUGGCUCUUCACAAGGUCUUCAUGGUUGGCAGCGGAGUGGGCAAGUCAGCCCUGAUGCUCCAGUUCAUGUACGACGAGUUUGUAGAGGACUAUGAGCCUACAAAAGCUGACAGCUACAGAAAGAAGGUGGUUCUGGAUGGAGAAGAGGUCCAGAUAGACAUCCUAGACACUGCUGGCCAAGAGGACUAUGCUGCCAUCCGAGACAACUACUUCCGGAGUGGGGAGGGCUUCCUCCUCGUGUUCUCCAUCACCGAGAACGAGUCUUUCACAGCCACUGCUGAGUUCAGGGAGCAGAUCCUCUGGGUCAAGGCUGAGGAAGAUAAGAUCCCUCUGCUGGUCGUGGGAAACAAGUCUGACUUGGAGGAGCGGGGGCAGGUGCCCAUCGAGGAGGCCACAGGCAAGGCAGAAGAGUGGGGCGUGCAGUACGUGGAGACGUCGGCUAAAACACGUGCCAAUGUGGACAAGGUUUUCUUUGACUUGAUGAGAGAAAUCAGAGCAAAGAAGAUGUCAGAAAACAACGACAAGAAUGGCAAGAAGAGCAGCAAGAACAAGAAGAGCUUUAAAGAAUGGUGUUGCUUGCUGUGAGGGCAGGGCCAGGGUGGCAGAUGGAGCCCAUGGUUGCUAAGGACGCAGGACUGGGCUGGCGAGCAGAAGACACUAGCUGGCUCUACCUGUGUGUUCUACUUUCCCAAACCUUACUCACCUGUACUUCUUUAAAUGGAGACAAGCACUUGUGAAUUGGUGACUAGCAGAAGACAUAAGCCAGCUUCUUUUGGAGCUUUGGAGUCUCCACAUCCCUUCCCCCCCUUUGGUCCUCCCCACAGCUUAACUGGGUGUACCAGUGAUCUAGGAGAAAAGGUCCUGUCUGAGUAUCUUUUUUCCCCUAGGAUUCUUUUUUUUUUUUUUUGGCUUGGCU